GAGCUGGUUGCACUUUUCAACUGAAGGACCUACACCGGAUCUGUUACCCUACGCCGAUCGCCGGCCUCCGUCGCUCGUGUCAACGGCGAACACAAAGCGUCGCUCGUGUUAACCGGAAGGAGAGCAGCCAUGGCGGGGAUCAGAGGCUACUGGACUCUGGCGGCGGCGGCGAUCGCCUUCCGUAUCCUCCUCCUCUUUUGCUUGCCUAAGGAUUUCCACCUCGGAUCUCAUCCUGAGAUCACAACCCCUCUCACCAGCCUCCGUCGCCUGGCGGAAGGUUACUGGCUCAAGCAGGCGUCCAUGUCGCCCUACUCAGGUUCGAUGUAUCAUGGCUCCCCUGUGCUACUGUCAAUUCUCGGGCCCCUUAGUACUAAAAGAUCUGAAGGGCGACCUCCUCAUUUCUACUGCAGUCUGCUGUUUGUGCUUGUAGACUUUAUUACUGCCACCCUUAUCCGUGCAACCGGCAAGAAGCUUAUGCUGUCACGUUACAAGCAUUUGCAGAUUCUCAACCUCUCAAAGCUAGUAGAAACUUCAGGUUUUGUAGAUUCUGGAGAUUUUGCUGCUUUAAUGUAUCUUUGGAACCCAAUGACGAUUGUCAUUUGCAUUGGAUCAUCUACAUCACCAAUUGAUAAUUUGAUGGUUGUCAUGGCUAUAUAUGGAGCUUGCUCAAGAAUACCUCCAUUAGCAGCUUUUGGAUGGGUUUUUGCAGUGCACCUAUCUCUUUAUCCAGUUAUCUUGAUUGUGCCGAUCAUUCUUUUGUUAGGGUAUGGUCUGGAUGCUCCUCCUUCAAAAUCGUUUCUUCUGAAAAAUUCUUAUGCAAGAAAAAACAGUACUUUAGCAAAGAUUCAGGUCAAUUCAGGAACUUCAAGUCAAACAGAUAAAGCAAUUAAUCAUUUCUCAUGGAUUCCAGUGCUACAUUUUGCAUUAUGGGUGUCUGUGUGGUUAGGCUAUGUAUUAUUCUUGAGUAGUAUAUCCCUCAAGGGGAUUGGAAGCAUCACAGAAAUGUUCAGGAAAACAUAUGGGUUUAUUCUUACUGUUGAAGAUUUGUCUCCUAAUAUAGGUUUACUUUGGUAUUUUUUUGCCGAAGUUUUUGACUUCUUCAGGAACUUCUUCCUUAUAGUUUUUCAUGUCAAUAUUCUCUUCGUGAUCUUGCCGUUGGCUAUACGUCUAAAACACCGGCCGUGCUUCCUUGCUUUUGUGUAUAUUGCAAUAUCUUCGAUGCUAAAGUCUUAUCCAUCACUUGCUGAUUCGACUCUUUACCUGAGCCUUGUAACACUAUUCUCUAAUGAGCUCGCAGAUAUGCAAUUUUCUUUCUUCCUUUUUUGCGGGUAUAUUGCAGUCUCUCUUUUCAGCCCUGUCAUGCACAACUUGUGGAUUUGGAGGGGGACUGGAAAUGCAAAUUUUUACUACGCCACCGGCCUUGCUUAUGCUUGCUUACAGACUAUCCUGGUGGUUGAGAGCGUUGGCUCAAUGCUGAAGCAUGACCGGUUGCUCAGAAAGACAGUCGAAGCUGAACACUGAAUCAAGCUUAGUUUAUCAUACCAAUAUUGCCUCCAUGCCUCUGUUGCUUUGUUAAUUGGAUAGUUAUCUUCCCUGACCAGUUAAAUUAUGGACCUAACGUUGAGAUAAUGUUUUAGCAGAUAAUUAGAGCUGUGUGACAGUGACAGUCGACGAGCAUGCCACUGUUAUAUUUUUGCUGAUGCAUCGACAUCGACGGCGACCCGUGCAUCCCUUUUGUCUGCUUUAUACGUAUGUAUGAACUUCAUAGUCUGUCACCUUCGUGACCUUGUUUUGGAUUCUUCUAAACUAAGUUGAAAAAAAUGCUCACAGGAACAACAAUCCAUCACUAUCC